CACAGGCUUUCCGGCUUUAUCGUCGGCUUCAUUAGUCACUAGGAGCAUCGUAUUCCCUGAUGCGUUCUCGCCUGAACACUUUGAUUUCUAAGACUUUCGCCGAGCUUAGUAACCCUCUUGCUCCAUACAUGAGCGUUGUAGACUAGCUAGCGCUACACUUACAAACGGCGUACAUCCACGUCACAUCUGUUGACAAAACGGCAGAUGUCAAAUCGCGGGAAGUAAAAUAACACACAGAGGUUUCUUUACUACAAUGCCUGCUGCCACGGUUCAAGACUCUGUGCCAGAACACCACGCACUUCCCAAAACGAAUGGGUCCCUUGGUCCUACUUGGAUCCCCGCUCGAGUAGAAGACGUCGCGCUGAGAACCACUGAGUUCUCCUUCGAUACAGUGGAGGAGGCGCUGGAUGCAUUCGCGCGCGGCGAAGCUGUUGUUGUUAUGGAUGACGAACGAAGAGAGAAUGAAGGUGAUUUAAUUAUUUCUGCGAGUCAAUGUUCCGUGGAGGCCAUGGCGUGGAUGAUCAAGCAUACCAGCGGAUAUAUCUGCAUCUCCCUUCCCGAAGAGCGUCUCAAUGAACUCGAAAUUCCCAUGAUGGUUCCCGAAAACCAGGAGCGGCACAAAACUGCUUACACCAUAACCGUAGACUACAAGCAUGGCACAACGACAGGAAUUUCUGCCCACGAUAGAUCUCUCACCGUGCGGAAGUUAGUCGAUCCUACUUCGACUGCGUCCGAUUUUAGUCGCCCAGGGCAUAUGGUACCCUUGCGAGCACAGAGAGGCGGCGUUCUGGAACGCAGGGGUCAUACGGAAACCGGUAUCGAUCUAUGUGCCCUCACCAAUCAACCCUUAGGGGGAGUACUGUGCGAGCUUGUGAAUGACGAUGCGUUGGGCACUAUGGCGCGGCGCGAUGACUGCCGAUUGUUUGCUAAUCGAUGGGGCCUGAAAAUGAUCAGCGUGGAUAUGUUGGCACAGUACAGACGCGCGAUGGAGAGCAGGAGUGAUGUGACAUCAUAGCGGAUGAAAGGAAUUACACGGGGGUCUGUGCCGGCUAGUGUAUACUUAUAGAGCAUUGUACACCAAUGUAAAUCUGUCAGACUCUAGGCAUCCCCUCGGGGAUUCUGUGGAAAAGUUGAGGGAGCCUGUUCAAGAUCCUGAGACUGCGGGCAUAAAAAUAAG